AAAAUCAUCAUUCCUGAAAAAAUGUCCUCUCAAAACAAUGAUGAUUCUAAAAUUCAACGUGCUCCUACUAGUGAAGAAUUAAAAAAAUUUGAAUUUAUUCAAGUCCUUAAUGAAGACCCUCGUACAAAAGGAGUAUGCAUUUUAGGAAAACUUAAAUCUUCAUCAUCAUCUGAAGACCCAAAAGAUGCAAUAUUGUUAUUAGAAAAAUUACAUUUUGGCAGUCAAGAACUUCCUAACCUUUUAAAGGAAAGAAUUCUUCAAUGGAUUUCCACAGAUAAUAAUGACAUAUACCAUUGGUACAAUGGUUUAUUGACAAAGGACGAAAAAUUUCCAGAUUUCAAAGCUACGCUUAUUUGGCCUGCUACUGAAGCGCAUAUACGAAAAUACAGUUUUCAACCUCGUUUCUUAAUUCGAGAAACUCCUCAUAUUUACGAAACAAUCGUUAAACCUUAUAUUGAAUCUAUACCUACAAGCAGAAUUCAAUGGGUUUACAAUAUUUUGUCCAAGAAAAGUGAAUCUGAAAGGAUCGUGUUAGAAGUUGAAGAAGAAUCAACUGGAUUUAUUUUAUUACCGGAUAUGAAAUGGGACACUGUAACGUUGGAAAAUCUUUAUCUUGUCGCCAUUGUACAUAGAAGAGAUAUUCGUUGUAUACGUGAUUUAAAUGACACGCAUUUGCCAUUGCUUAAGAAUUUAAGACGUCAAAUUCUUCAUUUCGUUCCACAAAAAUAUCCUGGAAUAAGAUCUGAUGAAUUACGCCUUUUUGUUCAUCAUUUGCCAUCAUAUUAUCACUUUCAUGUCCAUGUUACACAUCUUAGAAAUGAUACUAUUACUGGGGGAAUAGCAAUUGCUAAAGCAUACCUAUUAGAUGACAUUAUAGAAAAUUUGGAGAAGUUUGCUAAGGAUUAUUAUAAGAAAGCGACACUAACUUAUGUUUUGGGUGAAAAUGAUCCGUUAUUUUCUCAAAUGAAUGAUAUUGGAGCAAGGGUUACAGCUGAUACUUAAUAUUAAUACAAAAUAAUUCUUAUUGUAUUUUUUAAUAUUAUUCAAAUUAACAAUCUAGAAAGUCAGCUGUCAUA